CCUUAGUGACGGUGCGGGGUGUUCUGUGACGUGUCAGCUCGGGGUGGGGGAGGGGAUUCAGAGGGCAGUUGGAGCCUGAUCUUCAACGGUGGAAAUGGUGCCACUUGAUACUGAGGAUUUGGUGUUUCGAAUAAGGGGGGGAAUUCAAUUGAAUGGGAUCCUCAGCAAAACCGAUGAAAACGGAAUUAAAAACGGAUUUUCCGAAGCCAUGAAGGAUCUGAUUAAGAAAGUGAAUUCACAGGCUUUCGUCUUAUUUGGUUGGGAGAGUACUCUAUAUGUAUGGCCUAAAUCUGGCUUCAGCACACAGCCUGAGGAACUACAAGAGAACAGUACCUGCAAAAGCAUAUUAAAACUUGUUCCCAUUGAGGUCAACGACUAUCUUGGAAAGAUUUCCAAAAGGAAAUCUGUAAAGAUUGAACCUCUGAAAGUAAUAAACCUAGAACUUUUGUUUGAGUUGACAAGGCCUGAGGUCAUUGAAACUGUAACUGUGCAGAACAAUAACAAGUCACGUAUCCACUUCAAGCUGAUUCUCCCUGUUGAUGUGGUGGUAUUUGCUAAUCCAGAGGACCAAUGGAAAGAACUACAGAAUAAGAUUGUGGAAGCAGUUUCUGAACAGCUAUUAGAGAUGGACCAAUGCAUUCAGAGAUAUACAAGAGGAAAGUCUGUCCCAAUACCACAAGCAUUCCACUUUGAAUUGCCAGAGACAACUACUCUUACUACAGUAAUAUACCCUGCUGGAUUCUCUGACAAAGUUCUGGAACCGCAACGAAAAGAGUUACAUGACAAACUUGGUCUAGGAAAUAAACCCCUCUUGCGCCGACCCAUGGCUUAUAAUUUUCCAAAUGAUGAUUUAAUGAAUAAGCAUCUGAGAACUGUACACAAGUAUAUUCCACUUCCCAAUCCUGAAGAAUUCAAGGUUUAUGUAGUGCACGGAUCGUAUACUUUUCAUCACUACUUGCAGGAUAAUAUCAAUGACAGUGGAUGGGGUUGUGCAUACCGUUCUUUGCAAACCAUCAUAUCCUGGUUCAACUAUCAGGGAUACAUCAAUGUCCCUAUACCAUCACAUGAGAAGAUCCAACAGAUGUUGGUAAGUGCUGGAGAUAAAGGCCCCAGUAUUAUUGGAUCAACAGAUUGGAUUGGAUCUUUUGAGAUCCGGUCAGUAUUAAAUUUGUUGGGGAUUACAUCAAAGCUCAUGAGCAUCCGGGCAGGAUCUGAAUUUGUUUCUUCGGCUAGGGAACUUGUUGACCACUUUGAAGUGCAGGGAGCUCCAGUUAUGGUUGGUGGUGAACCUCUAGCACAUACUCUUCUGGGAGUGGCAUGGAAUGAAGAAACAGGAGCAGCAAAAUUCCUUGUCUUGGAUGCGCACUACACUGGAGUGGAUGACUGGGCCAGUGUAGUUGAAAGGGCUGUCGAGUGGAAAGGAGAAGAAUUCUGGGAUCAGAUGGAACCUUACAACAUCUGCCUGCCUCAGAGACCAGAGGGUGUUUAAAGCCACCAUUGCUUGAGUACAUAAGCUUAUAAAGCUGUGCUUGGAAAGGAACAGAAUUUUCAGAUGACCAGGACCCUUACAAUCUAGAUUGUUCUUCAAACCAAAUGAGAAAUUGAAUUUUGUCAUAUAUGCUUUACAUAGUACUGCAAUAAAAACAGCAGCUAAAUGUAUGUUCUAUUUUAUUGCUUAAAUAGCUUCAUAUGCAGGAUAGAAAAACUGUAAAAAUGCUCUUUACACUUCAGGUUGCGGAUACUUAUUGAAAGACGAUUGACGUUUACUAUUUUGCAGGUGUAUUUAUCAAUCUAUCUGCUUUUAAUAAAAUGUUAAAUCUA